AUGGAUUUGACUGGAAUUCGAACUCGGCUCUGCGAUUCCUCAUUCCACGCCGCUAUCCAUUACUCCACUCUGUCUGUCUGUCUGCCUGCCUGCCUGCCUGCUUGCUUGCUUGCUUGCUUGCUUGCUAUCUAUCUAUCUAUCUAUCUAUCUAUCUAUCUAUCUAUCUAUCUAUCUAUUCAUUGCCUGUAUCUAUCUCAGUCUUUUCAUGCCCUAUCUAUCUAUCUAUCUAUCUAUCUAUCUAUCUAUCUAUCUAUUCAUUGCCUGUAUCUAUCUCAGUCUUUUCAUGCCCUAUCUAUCUAUCUAUCUAUCUAUCUAUCUAUCUAUUCAUUGUCUGUUUGUCUAUAUAUCUAUCUAGGUCUAUCUAGAGCUUUUCUAGGUAUCUAUCUCAGUCUUUUCAUGCCCUAUCUAUCUAUCUAUCUAUCUAUCUAUCUAUCUAUCUAUUCAUUCAUCUGUAUCUAUCUCAGUCUUUUCAUGCCCUAUCUAUCUAUCUAUCUAUCUAUCUAUCUAUCUAUUCAUUGUAUCUAUCUCAGUCUUUUCAUGCCCCUAUCUAUCUCAUCUAUCUAUCUAUCUAUCUAUCUAUCUAUUCAUUGUAUCUAUCUCAGUCUUUUCAUGCCCUAUCUAUCUAUCUAUCUAUCUAUCUAUUCAUUGCCUGUAUCUAUCUCAGUCUUUUCAUGCCCUAUCUAUCUAUCUAUCUAUCUAUCUAUCUAUCUAUCUAUUCAUUGUAUCUAUCUCAGUCUUUUCAUGCCCUAUCUAUCUAUCUAUCUAUCUAUCUAUCUAUUCAUUGUAUCUAUCUCAGUCUUUUCAUGCCCUAUCUAUCUAUCUAUCUAUCUAUCUAUCUAUCUAUCUAUCUAUCUAUUCAUUGUAUCUAUCUCAGUCUUUUCAUGCCCUAUCUAUCUAUCUAUCUAUCUAUCUAUCUAUCUAUCUAUCUAUCUAUCUAUCUAUCUAUCAGGCAGAGUGGAGUAA